AUGGCGCAGUCUACUCCAACGACCUCAGUGACAGACAGCCCCAGGACGUUUGCCCUCCUGGAGAAGGCCAAAGUGCAAUUGAUGCAAUGUGCUCGACGGAGGCCUUCCAUGGAUCUCACCCCGGCCGAGUCAGCCGAGCCGAUUUCCUUGAAGGGCUGGAAGGGCCCUUUGCCGCCGAGCCUCCUUGGCAACCGGCAAGUCCUGCAGCAGCCGAGACUUCGCACGGAAAAGUCCAAGGAGGUGCAUGCGCUUGAGAUCGACAGCCCCAACUCCAUGUGCGAGCCAUGUCCUGAGCCCAGCCCGGCCCACACGUCCACCAGUUCGCUGUCCUCGGAGAGUUUGGAGUCGCCAGGAACGCGGAAGUCUUCCAAGGAGGCACAGCCACCUCGGCGACCUUGCUUCCGUAAACCCAGCCGCGAGGUCCGGCUACGUCAGCUUCACGACGAGGUCCGCCAGUUCUGCGAGCUCUGCUUCGACGAUGUCGACCCUUUCCAGCAGCAAGGAAUGACCUGCAGAAUGCUGGCAUUCCUAAAGUCCAUGGGCCGAGUUCUAAGCUGGCAAGAUGGCGAUGUGCGUGGAGAGACUGCGACCUACGAAAUGCUGGGCUUGUCAAAGGUGGACCUGGUCAACUUCGAGAACAUUUGUGACCGAGCUGACGACCUCAUCGAGAAGCAUCGAUUUCGUCAGGCCUACGAGAAGCUUUGCCAAGUCCGGCCGAAGUUCGGUCAAGGCGCACCAGCCACAGCCACGGCCACCACCCCCUCCCCGAAGCCGGCUGUGCAGCCAAAGGCGCAGCCUGAAGAGGAGUUGGAGAAUCAGGAGAAGAGUGAACCAAGGCCGGCAGCGCCCGGCCCACUGCCGAUUCCUCCAAGCAAGACCAAGCAGCUACUGCAGGCCCAGGCCAAUCGCAGCUCUGCUUGCACGGAGCAACAGCCUGGCACCGUCGGCGCAGGACAGUCCCCCAACAAAUCGGGAAACCAAGCUGGAGCCGCCAAAGGCAAGCGUGGACAAGAGAAGAGUGGAGCAGGGACCGGAGGAGGCAAGUACCUCUGCCGAGUGAAGGUGGGCAUCGAAGAGGACUACACCUUCCAGGUGUGCAGACGCAUCAUUGGCCCGGGUGGCGAGAACAUGAAGCGCAUCAUUGAAGGCGACGGUUCCGUGAAGAUUCGCCUGCGUGGUCGCGGCUCCAAGUACUUGGAGGGACCAGAACAUAAAGAGUCCACAGAUGACCUGAUGCUCUGCGUCAGCGCGACCAACAGGCGCUCCUUCGAGAAGGCAGCGACCGGUGUGGAGCUGCUCAUCCACUCGGUGCAGCAGGAAAGGGUCAGAGUGGCCCUCGAAACCCCAAGUAGCAUCCCACAUCCCAAAGCUUGUGUGAAUCGUUUUUGCUUCAUGCUUGCAUAA